AGCAAAUCUGUCUUCGUCUCGUUCUCUGAAUGUCAAUCUCGAUCCUCUUAUGUGUAGUCUCAAUCUGUAUCAAUUUCUCGUUCAAUUCAGCAUCUCGUUCGAUUCAGUCUCUAUUGUUUUUUCUUAAUCUCAGUCUAGUACUUCGAUCUCUGUCUCAAUCCUUCAUUGUCACUUUUCAUCGAUCUUCAUCCGUGAAGAGCUUGGUGAAACUUCUGUUGAAGGUUUAGGAGUUUCAUUUUGAUAUAUCAAUUUUAAUGUUUUGGUAAAUAAUUGAUAUCUAAUUGAUCUCUAUGUGACUGUUCUUGACUUCUUGCAACUGAGUUACGCUCAUGAGAAUAACUGAGUUACAUGUUUUGGCAAGAUGUCGCUUGCCUGUGAUCUUGUGGUGUCAUCCAGGAAGUGGAGAUGUGAUUGCCCGCUCAUCACAACCUUUAUUUGGUUUGAUGAUGAACAUGAGGAGUCUUGAUAAAGCUGUGGAGCUAAAUUAUCAGUGGAUUGCAUUUGAUGAUGUUUGUUACCAUGUUCAGGUGACAGUGAAGAAUCCAAACCUCUUGUUGCUUGUGGUUUCGUUACCAAAUCCACCACCUGAAGCAAUGUCCUUUGAUGGACUUCCAUUAGGAGCUAUAGAAGCCAUUAAAGCUACUUACAGGACUGGUUUUCAAGAGGUUGAAGUAUUGUCUCAUAUCACAUGGAAACCCAAGUGGGGAAUGAUCUUCUCUGAUAUCAAAAAGAAAGUCAGCAGGAACUGCGAGGUCUCUCAGAGAUCCACGAUGGCUAUUACAAUUAGUUUAAGUGUCGAACGCUUUGUGUUUUCUUUUAUUACAUGCACUUGA